CACUUCAGCAAGCCGGGCUCUACUGAAGCGAGGCCACUGUUUUAGAAUUUUUAAAAUCGAGUUUCAUGGUAGCGACGGAUUUGAUGUUUAUGUUGCAUAAUGUUUAAAAGAAGUUUUAACAAAAUCAGAUAGUGAGUAUUCAACCAGCAGCUGGUGGCUGGAUCACACUUGAGACCGCUUUACAAAUAUCUUCUGUAUGCGAGUGCGCAAGAGCUGGCCCUCAACCGCACUGUCAAUGUGCCGAAUGAAAGAUUUAGAUGCAUCUAUUCCGCCACCUGAUCAGAAGUGAAUGUCAUAUUAUCUAAGACUCCAUCGAAUAUUCUGUUGUGAAAAUCUGUGACAAAUUUGCUUCACACGAGAAGAGAAGGUCGUAUCGGAAAUUCUAAACGGCAUUUCUUAUGGUAAACGAGAUUGCUAUGAGACUCGAAGAGCAAUGAUGUUCUUAGCACAAACAAUUGACAAAGCUUUCGCUGCUUUUAUUAUUUGCACAACUUUGGCUUAUUUCACUGUUGAUGGGGCUUGUCCAGCCGCAGAAGAUGCUCGCGCCAAUUCCUGCCGGUUGACAUACGAGUCAUUGGCCGAUGGAAACAUAACAAGAAAAUUAAACAUAUUUGCAGGGAAACUGACGGCAUCCCAAUGCAUCGCGCAUUGCGGUUGUGUGAGCAGGUCUUACGCAGGGCUGGACAGCCAUGGACACUGUUUUUGUGGAUCCGAACUAGGUACUAAUUGUACAACUGAACCGGAAUGCAUGCGUGUAUAUGCCACAGCUGGAGUUCCAGCAUUUCCAACUGGCACGUUCCCAACAAAGAUGGAACUUUUCUCGACAGGUUCAGCAACAAUAAACGGACUCAGUAAUGUCAUCAAAUUUGCUGUGGAAGUCGAUGGGAAACUCUCGUACUUCUCACCUUCCAGUGGGAAAGUUUCUUUUGUCGAAACAGGCGAGCGUAAGGCUUCAAUGGAAGUAGAAGCCUAUUGGGGUUGUCGCACCCCCGAUUACACAGUCAACGUCUACUCCCCCCUGCAAGCCGCCCUGGUUUGUCCCAUUGCCGUGCGCCCUUCAGAAGAGUUUUCCUGUUCUGCUGAAUUUAUUGAAGGCAGCGGCAUACAGUCUAUUCAAUGGAAAUUGGACGGUGCACCGAACGGAGCUGCUAUUACAAAUGUUGGAGAGCCCCUUGUGUAUGCCACUGGUGGAAAUCUUACGGUUGACCGUUUCGAGAGCUUCAAUAAUUCCUUUGACUAUUCAAAUGGUGAAACUGUUACUUUUGUGAAUCUGAAUUACGAGUUCACUGCCGUCGGAAGAGUACGAGCAUUUGAGGCGCACUUUACGAAAUUGGGGGAAGUCAGGUUUCAGAUCUUCAGGCCAAUGUGCGACCCAUCCCAAAUUGAAAAGACAUAUUGCCAUUCCGAAAGGAAGUGUGUCGCUAGUGGCUGUGGCACCCCAUCGAACCGUCUUGGUGACAUUGAGUUCUAUCCACCAGCAUCCAAGCCAGUCUUCUGUCCUGAUGUGGAACGUUUCAAGCCGGACGACAACAACACUUGUCCCCAGCCUCCUACACUCACCGUACCGCAAGCUGACUAUAUGUUGAUGUAUGAGUUCGCUGCCAAUGUAACUCAAAAAGGCAACAUGGUUUUUAAAGUUCCUGAUGACCAGACCUUCACUGUUUAUCCUGGAUUUGUUCUUGGGUGGACAACCGGCCCGAAUAACAAUUCUGCUGACAUUGGCUUCUACUCAUACGACGAAGCGUACGAGCAAAUGUACCCAGAGUACCAAUACAAAGAAUGCUAUGAAAGAUUCACUGGCAGCGUGUUCUCCCGAAAGCUGCCUACAGCGAGCCUGUUCACCAAAUAUCAUUUACUAAGAGCCCAUACAAUCAGCCAAGCAAACUACUUGAAGAAGAUGACAUUGUCAAACCUUGGCCAACCAUAUACAAUAGGGCUUACCGUUACCGCUGCGGAGUCUUCGGUUUCAAAAUCAAUGGAAAUAGCCGUGGAGACUGAUAUCACCGCUUUCACUUUGUCCGCUACCCACACUCAAAUCCUGACUGAUGUGGAAAACACGUUUGCUGUUUCGUCCAUCAACACAGAGGUAGGUGUGUCUUACAGCUUCUUCUUUGGCGAGACCCCCUUCAACGGCACGUUUGGUCCCAAGCAAAGCACCAAGACCAUAAAGAAAUCAUUCGCUUUGCCAGGCAUUUAUACCGUCAUCUGCCGCGCGGAAAACAAGCUUAACUCGGUAGAUAGGAAUAUCACAAUCUACGUGUAUAGCAAAAUAGAUCAAAUAGGUUUCACAAAAGACGUUGAUCCGAAAUCAACUGGCGAAUUUUCCAUCUCCACAUUUAAAAUUAGCGGAGGUGGAAAUGCGACUGUUACGUACCUCCUUGGGGACAAUAGUGUUGCUAGGAUACUGAAUGUCACCUUGACGCCGUAUUUUUUCGCCGAAAUCGGCUACAAAUAUGCCACUGACGGUGACUAUUUGAUUAACGUCGAGGCAAAACACCCGUUAGAAACCAAGAAAAUAGAUCAAUAUGCAGCAGUUGAGAAUAUAGUCAACUCAGUGGUCAUUGCCCCACCGGGGGUAGCUGCCACAAAUGUAACCCAUCCAUUCAGAAUCACAUCACAUACUGGUACAAAUGUGACAUUUGUUUGGGACUGGGCUGAUGGAACCCCGAAAAUCAAUAGCUCGUUUAACCAGAAGGAAUACAGCCACAAGUAUACGACAUAUGGCAAUCGCACCAUAACUGUAUAUGCGAGCAAUUUGGUAAGUAAUUUCACAACUACAGUUUUUGUCGAGGUCCAGGAUAUAAUCAAAGGAUUGAACUUCUCACAGCAAGCAGGGUCGGUUUAUGCAAUAGCGCCAACAAACGCAUCAGCUGCAACAACAGUUUGGUUUGAAAUGCUACAGGGAACUGGUGUUGAUAUUUUCAUUGACUGGGACUCAGACGACGCAACAACAACCGUCCUCUCCUCCAAAGCCUACAAUCUAAACAAAGACAAUCCAGGGACCAAGUUCAUUGGUCGUGGUACACAUAGCUACACUACAGUUAAAACUUACAAUGUGACAGUGCAUGCCAAGAAUGAGGUGAGCAAUAUGUCUGUGAAAGCUAUUGCAGUUUAUGAGACCCCGAUCUCUGGCGGAACAUUCACUUUUGUGCAAAAAGAUCUCACAACUACAUUUAUCGAGGUGAACGAGACUGUGUGUUUUACAAUGAAACCAGCUUCUGGAACAAACAUUCUUGUCAGGUACGACUUCAACGAUACGACAUCCAGUCCAGUCACGACUCCGAACACGACGCAUUGCACGUCGUGGCCCUAUUGGCAGAGACCAAUGUAUACGAAAUUCAGGAUUUACAACAACGUCAGCUCUGUGACGAAAGCGUUUCUUGUGAAUGUGGAAAGACCCGUUCAUAAUUUCACAACAUUGUCUAUUAGUGGAGGGCCUGAAAACACUACAGAGGCGAUGGUGCUUGUUCUGUCAGAGAAGACGGGAGAUUUUUUCAAUUGCUCCUGGACUAUUAAAGAUACGACAACGGUCAAUAAGAACUCAACUUACAGUGAUUUUUUAAACGGGAUUCACGUUAAACACCAGUUCGCAACCACUGGCAUAUUCGAUGUUUCGGUCUUCUGCUCCAACAGGCUGUACAGUGCUAGUGCAAAGAUAAAUGUCUCCUCAUAUGUUCCCGUCUCUGAAUUUGAAGCUUCAGUUUUGUAUGGUGGAGCGUGUGGUGCGAAAAAGUCGGCCGGUGACAAGGGUGAUGGACCAGAUUUGGACAUGUAUGCAUUUGGUUGCCCAUUGAAAUUCGUCGUAAGUGGCCAGACAGGGUCCAAUGUCACCUAUCACUUUGACUUUGACGAGGAAAAUUCAAAAGGAGCUACCACAUCACUUCCAGAAACGACACACACCUUCCAACAAUCACCAGUGGACCAGAAAACUAUCAAGAUCACCGUCUCAAAUCCGACGAGUACACGCACACAAUUGUUUCCGCUGAAGUUCUUGCCUAGAAUCACUGGCCUUAAGAUCGGAAAUAGCGGGCCCAUCAAAGUGGGGAAAGAGGUCUCCAUCAACGUAACUGUUGCCCAAAAAGGUUACAAAAGUUGCUUUUUGGUUGAGUGCCAGACAAGUAGAGACAUAAAAACACACGAACUGUUCACGUCACAGUUUUGGAUGGGUGAUGACAGCUGCAGGGAUAAAACGAAGUACAAGCCAAUCGUUUCAAAGCCAGAUCUCAAUCCAACCAAAGCCAUUUGGCCGCAGAAGUACGAGCAAACUGGCAAGUUCCGUUGUAUUGUGAUCGGAGAGAACGAUGUCUCGCUUGAAACCGCCUUCACGGACAUUGUUGUGCUCGAUAAGCCCUGCAAUAAGCCGAAAGUUGAAUGGAGCGAUAUCAGUACGGUAAUCGAAGACCCUGCUAAUGUUACAAAGGGUAAAACAAAAUUGAUUUCGGUGAAGUUGACAAAGGACUGCGAAAAAACAGAUCUCGUAGAAUACAACUGGAAUAUCUCGAGUGUAAAAGCAGGAACCUUUGAAAGGACAGUCGUCAAGUCCAUAAACCACACGAAGGAGGACACAGCCCUGAAGAUACCUGCCCGCUCGCUUGACUACGGCUUAUACGAAAUUGGCUUGUCACUGUGCAUGAAGGAUGUAUAUCCCCCGGUUUGUACACCAAUCAUUGGUUACAUCACUAUCAGACCAUCCAGGCUUGUUGCUCAAUUCGAAGGAGGCAGCGGUCGUGCAGGGGGUCAGAAUAGGAUGUUGCCAAUCAGUGCAUCUCCAUCCCAUGACCCUGAUGUCGGCCCAACAAUGGAAGGUUUGAAGCUUCGCUGGUUCUGCAAAUUACAGUCGGAAAAUUUCCCAAGUGACUAUGAUUCGAUGCCAGAAAUCGAUUUGCCUAAAAGUGGGCCAGCUCCGGAAGCAAAGAAUUAUACCAUGAAACUGACUAGUAAUUUCACAGGCUGCUUUGGGAAUGGAAUCGGUCGCCUGAAGGGCUUCGAUGACGUCACUACCCUGCAAAUAAACUCAUCUUACAUGCCACUGAAACAGUUUUACACCAUUCGUAUUUUGUUGUGGAAGCCUACAUCAAGGGUGCCACGAGAGAACGUGACUGCUGACUAUAGUUUGUUUAUAGUGCCAGGAGAUCCACCAGAGAUUAAGAUCAAGUGCAUUGUCAACUGCGAAGACAAGAAAAACCCAGACAAACCAUUCAAGUUGCAAGCCAUCUGUAUAAAAGAUUGUGGGGCUGGAAUCAACUAUAAAUGGUCUUUGCAGAAAAAGAAUGUUGGUGAGAGUGAUGACAAACUUAAAAAUGUCACUGACUUUUCAGUAAAAGACAAAUGGCUAACAACGAGUAUCACCAACAAGAACCUUGCUAUGAAGGAAAACAUGAUGACAUCCAAUUUUGAAUAUGUUGUCAGAUUAACAGGAAGCCUCGCAGAAGAUGAAGGGACAUACGGUUUUAGCUUGUAUAGUAUUGUUGUCAAUGUUCCACCGAAAGUUCCCAUAUCCUCAAGUAGCUGUCAGGUUCGUCCCUUGACCGGCAAACCACUGGCAAAGAUCUUUAAAGGCAUCAUGAGCGGAUUCCAAGAUGAUGAUGUGCCUCUUACAUACCUGAUGGACUAUCGAGCUACAGGGACUGACAAAGAAGAGGACUGGAUCAAUUUCCAUAACAGCUUGAGCCAAAUUUCUGAUUUGCUCAUGCUGCCCGAAGGACCGAAGACUAAAGACUACAAAGUUGAAGUCAGAUAUUAUGUGGAAGAUCUGUACAGAGCCAAGUCAGAUUACGUCUAUGGACAUGUCAUUGUUAAAAGUGAGAAGAAGGAUGCCGCAGAUCUGUCCAGCGUCCUUGAAGCAAGCAAAGGCUCCACAGAUCCGGCAGCUGCUGGCAUGGUUGCUAAUGCUGUUCUUACCUCACUGGAUAGUGACGACUCUGGCGAUAGCAGUAAUAGUGGUUCGGUUGUCUCCUCUGUGGUUGAUUUGAUGAACGAUGUCGACGUCAACAGUGAUGCAGGGGCCCUUGCUUUGGCAAGCACAAUGAGCAAGUGUAUGGGAACAGGCCAACUAUCACCCGAUGCACAGGCCAAAGCAAUGAAGGCCAUGGCGAAAUGUGCCAAUCAAAUGGGACCUGAUACUCCACCGGAAAUUGUCUCGAGUGUUGCCACAAAUGCAUUUACUGUUCUUCUGACAGGCUCAGAAACUGGUGGCGGAGAUGCGGAGGAUAGUGACUCAACUGUGCGAAACCUAGGGACAACAUUAGCUGGGAACAUGGUUGCUGGCGAGGCGCCGUUUCAGAAAAAGUCAGGCAAAAGCAUGAUCGCCUGUCAAGCAAUGGAACCUGGGAGUGGUGGCAAAGUUUCACUUGGCUCCGGCGGUGAUUUUGACAUGGACAGCUCUCAACUUGGCGAAUCUGGAACAGCCUUUCAAGCAGUUGGUGGAAAUGGUCCCGAUAAAUACUCGAAUAAAAGCAGUGCGGCCAAAGACGUUACCAGUGACGUAGUCAGCCUCGAUAUGGCUGCUGGCGGACAGCCUCUUGUUGUUAAAAACUUAAGCAAGCCAAUCAAAGUGAAGAUCAAGCAACCAAUUAACCCAUACCCACCUACACAGCAUACCUCAUACACGCAUCUCCUGAAAACAGUGAGCCUUGUGAGCAACCCUAGUGACAAUCUGUCGUCUAUAUUCAUUGAUAUCAGGAAUACCUCUGAGAUGAAUGACAGUUGCUUCUUUGUGAUCAUAAAGAAAGGCCUGAAACCCAAACUAUAUGACAAUGAUUUCAAUUUCACACUGCCGCAUGUUGUCACACCAUUUAAACCAAAUGGCGAGAAUAAGUCAGAGGAAGAGAUGAAACUUGAUUAUACAAACAGAUACAGAAUAUUUCUUCAUGGUGCAAGAGAUCUCAGGGAAGCAGCAAUCGGGAUGUAUUAUGUGGCCGUUUUGAAUAGCCCGUGCAAUACCACUAAUGUUUCGCUGCCGAUCAUGACGUCCCUUGACGUUCCGGGUCCGUUAAAUUUGACCAUACCGCCAAUUAACUAUACAUUCCAGUCUUACACUGGCGUCUGUAAAUUUUUCAACAAAACUUCGAAGAAAUGGUCCACAUCCGGUCUCGAGAUAACCCAAGAAACAACACAGAACUUCACCGUGUGUCUUACAACUCACUUGUCAUCAUUUGCCGGUGGAAGUGUCUUUGCAAAGCCAAACACUAUUGACUUCUCCAAAGCUUUUGCUGGCUUCAGCAAUAUCGGUGAAAACCCCACUGUAUUUGCCACAACGCUGUCGAUCAUAGGGAUCUAUUUCGUGCUGCUGGCCUACUGCAGGUACAAGGACAAAAAAGAUGUUGAAAAGAUCGGCGUGUUCCCACUAGAGGACAACCAUCCCAGUGAUAACUAUUUAUACGAAGUCAGCGUGCAAACCGGUUUUAAAAAGGGUGCUGGUACAACAGCCGACGUCUUCAUUGUCCUUAACGGCAAUCUGGGCGAAACGUCGCCUCGCAAAUUGAAGAAUCCGAACCGAAAAUGCUUUGAAAAAGGAGAAACUGAUGCUUUCUUGGUGACAACGCCAUUCAGUUUAGGCCAAAUCAAAAGCGUUGAAGUAUGGCACAACAACGCGGGGAACUCUCCUGGUUGGUACUGUAUGCAAGUUCAGAUCCGUGAUGUGCAAACUGACAAGAAAUUCAUCUUCGUUUGCAACCGUUGGCUGGCUGUUGAAGAAGACGAUGGUGAGAUCAAACGCAAGAUUGAAAUUGCAACCAAGAAUGACCUUGUUCAGUUCGAUUUCCUCUUCGCUCAAACGGCUCGCAAAAAUCUCUACGAUGGACACAUCUGGUUCUCUGUUUUCACGCGCCCACCCAGGAGUCAUUUCACUCGCUGCCAGCGGCUGGGUUGCUGUUUGACUUUACUUCUCACCUCAAUGUUGGCCAAUGCUAUGUUCUAUAAAGAUCCGGCUCCAGCCUCGAGCGACCCGAAUGCCCCUGCCCCAGAGCCGUCUGAUUCGAUUCAUCUCGGCCCGAUUACUAUCUCCGUGGAGCAGAUCAAGAUUGGGUUUACAAGCAGUUUGGUCGUUGUACCUGUCAAUCUAAUUAUUGCAACGCUGUUCCAAAAGGCUAAACCACGUGAAGAAAAAAAGAAAGAGAAGUCGGAUAAAUAUUCGGCUGACGCCGACGACGAUGAAGAAUCGAGCAUUGGAUCAACCCGUAAUCUGGUAAGCACUUCAAAAAUCGAUCUUAUUGAGGCAAACACCCGGCCUAGCACAAAUACACUUGAUAACGAACCCGAGCCCGAACUGACUGAAGAGGAGCGGGAAAUAGAGAAGUCAAAGAAGCGUGCGAAUUUCUUGAAAAUGAUUUGCUUUCCUGGAAACGAAGACGAUGAAGGGGAAGAAUCAUCUGGAAAGUCAAAGAAGAAACCAAAGCCAAAAGCGACUCUGCCCCAUUGGGUUAUUUACAUUGCUUAUGUUUUGAUAUUUGCCGCUUCUGGUGCGGCGGCCUUUUUUGUAAUCCUUUAUGGAUUCCAAUUUGGCAAGGAGAAAUCAGACAACUGGAUGAAAUCAAUGAUGUUGUCAUUCUGGCAAUCUGUGCUGGUCAUCCAACCUGUCAAGGUUCUUGCAUUGUCCGUUCUCGUCGCCAUGAUCAUAAAGGAUCCUAAGGCAGCCAGCGGGGAAGACGAAGGUGGCUCCAAAUCCGUUGGAAAAGACGACAAAGGCCAGGAGGGGAAGAAGAAGAAAAAGAAAGUCGGAGAGGAUGGCGAGGAAGAAGAGAGCAGCGAUGAAGAAGCGGACGAAGAUGAAGCUAAGAGAGAGCUGGAGAAGAAUCUUGAAUUUAAACUGCCAGAUGAGAAAAAACUCGAAGAAUCCAGGAAACUACGGCUGAAAGAAAAACAAAUGAAAUCAAUCAUAAGGGAAAUUGUAAUUCAUCUCUUGUUUGUUAUGCUGUGUCUGUUUAUUGGCUACAGCAAUUUGGACCCAUUUGCGCAACAAUUCGGAACAGGAGUUAGGAACUUUGUUGGAGAUGAUCUAGAGCAGGUGACAAGAGUAGAGCAGUACUGGAGCUGGAUCGAGGAUAAAUUCAUCCCGUAUCUGUUCCCUGGCACUUGGUACAACGGGGAUCCGUAUAUGGUUCGAUUUGUCGCGGACACAGAACCUUCGAAAAUAAUAUCCAUGGCUAGAAUGAGACAGCUUCGCGUUAAAAAGAAUACUUGCACAAAACACCCGGUCUUCAAAUACAUUGUAUCCGAAUGCAACGGGGCAUAUAGCUGGUCCAAUGAAGAUACCGAACAAUACAGUGCAGGAUGGAAACCGCCACUAAACAAAACCGAGACCAGGAAACUCAGACACCGGAAACGCAAGGCUUUGUGGCUUGGACUUGAAAACCCGUGGCAGUAUCAGUCUGUGCUUAAGUUGAAAAACUUCCCAUUUUUGGGCAAAUUCGCAACUUACGGAGGUAGCAGCUAUGCAGUCAGUGUAGGCCCGGAUGAACGGAUUUCAAGACUCAUUAUCAAAGAUAUGAAAGACAAUUUCUGGAUAGAUCGUUACACGAGAGCAGUUUUCGUUGAGUUUAACAUCUACAAUGCCAACACGAAUUUGAUGAUGAUUGUCACUCUCCUCAGUGAGGUAUUGCAAACCGGGGGUUGGAAUUACUUCUAUAAUGUACAAGCAAUCCGGCUCUACAGAUGGCAGGGUGGCCUAGGCGGCUUGAUCGUCUUUGCUGACUUGACAUUUAUGAUAGUGACGCUGGUCGGGCUGUACAAACUAGUCAAAAAUUGCAAAAAGGAAGGAGUCAAAAACUACUUAAAGAGCGCGUGGAACUUCUUGCAUGCAUUCGUCACUGUUUUCUCAAUCUGCACUUUUUCUUGUGUUUUCGCUCGUGUUGGUGCUGUCAUGUACGCGAUGAAACAAUACAAGAAAGAGCCAGAAGUCUUCGUCAGCUUCGCCUAUCUUGGCCAGUUGGACUAUUUCGUCCAGGCGUUCAUCGGCUUUGUCGUCAUGGCGACCAACCUCGAAUUCCUGAGGCUGCUACGAUUCAACAAGAAGAUAGGCCUUCUCACUGCAACCAUACGUCAGAGCAUGAAACCCCUGGCCUCCUUUGGUCUCAUAUUCACCUUCAUCUUCAUGAGUUACGUCAGUUUGGCGCAUCUUUUGUUUGUUGAUCAGCUUGAAGAUUACAAGAAUUUCGGUACCAGUGUUGUCUCAUUGACAAGAAUGUUCUUAGGCCAGUUCGAUGUAUACGCUUAUAUGAAGGCUGCACCUUUGCUAGGACCUAUGCUCUUCCUUUCCUACAUGGUCACCAUCCAAAUGGUUCUCAUCAACAUGUUUAUCGGUAUCAUCUGCGAGACGUUUGAGGAGGUCCGUCUCGACAUCGAAAAACAAUCUAAUGAUCAUGAAAUCGUCUCGUUCAUGACGAACCGUUUCAAGAAGAUUGCAGGAGCGGCAGUCGGGCCAUCAGUCGACCCAAUCUACCGUGAAUGGAAAUCUGACUGGGAAAUGACACUGGAUUCGAUUGAGGAGAAGUCGGACAGCAUCGUCUACUUGAUGAGGAAUAUUGAAGCAGAAGAGGUAAGGCAAACACAAUGGAUGGAACCUACGAAAGCCAACGAAAAGAAGAGAAACUUAUUGAAGUUGUUAGUUGGAUCAGAUGAAUUCACGUAUGAGAAUGAGAUCUUAGAUAGUCUUACUGUUCUCGACAAGCGAAUGAAGAAACUGACAGUGGACAAAUCGCGGAAGAUGGUUUACACGAUGGCGAAGAAGAAGAAGAAGGAUCGAGAUGAAGAGGUCAAAUCACGCACAGAUGAACAGUCAUUCUUUAGUGAAGAAGAGUCGGAAGAUGAAGACCAGAAUGAAAAUGUAGAGAAAAGUGAUAGCGAUGGUGAUGAAUGAGAUUAAUGUAAAGGAAAGAAUGAAGAAGUGACCUGUGACAUAGAUUUUAUCUGUUUGAUUGUUUUCGUUCAAUCAGCACUUGUUAAAGAGAUUCUUGCACGGUAGCACGCUUGGAUUAAUCCGAAUUUUUUUCGAUACGGAAGUUUAACUCCGGGUACUUGUAUGUUUAUAAAACUGGUGUUUUUUGACACGUUUAAGAAUCUUCAAUGAACACAGCAGGUUAUUGAUAGAUGGCUUGCUUCUACUACGGAUCAACAAAAGUUGUAUGUGUUUUUAUCAAUUAACAUAUAUUUACUUCAUUUUUAUAACAGCCUUAAAACAUAAGGUCUUGACAUCCAUGAAAUUUCAGCGCAACCAAAGAUGGCCCUCCCUUCCACCUCUGCAUUCGAAAAAAGGAUGCUGCUGUGAUAAAAAGCACUGUUUCCUCCAUAAGUAUUAAAAUUUCUGAUCUUCUCCCAUCAUCUCUUCAUUUGAACAAAUAACUGUGCUGCAGCUUUUUCAAAAAAUAUAAUUUUUUGUCUCUCGCAAAUUUGAUUUUCUCCCCUUUUUCAUCCAAAAUCUAAAAUGAGUAUCUAUCUAAAAUCUAAAAUGAAAGCUCAAUACCAAUUUUACACAACGGUAGCCCCAAUUCUGAUAUCCGUAAGUAGCAAGCCAUUUAAUGCCUAGCCAUGGCAGGUGUACAUAUUACUGUAUGCUACAGUUCUUGUUUCCUGUUACACUAACCUGUCAGUUUAUGAUUAUUCCUGUCACUUAAUCUAUUUGUAAGUUUCUCGACCUUCCCUUUUCAAUAUUUGUUGUCAUGGUUUUGCUAGAUCUAUCUUUGGGUUCCUUUUUUCCAUCUGGUUACUUCAAUCCCUAAAAUAUUUCCUGAAGGCAAAUCUAAACUAUACUGAAAUAUUUUUAUGGUUUGAAAUCCGGGUGAUAAAUGCUAAAUUAAAUUUAUAUUUAUUGCUGUAGGAAACCAAUUCACUGAACUUUCUGUACCCGGAAAAGAUUCAUAACGAUAAUCUCUAGAAAAACUAUGACCAGUCUUUAAGAACCAUCAGAUUCAGGGAAUUUUUCUUAAGAGCUCUUAAACUGCUGUUGAAACGCCUUCAAUAGCGAUUGAAAAAUCCGGCUAUCUUGUUUACAAAUUCGACACGUAUACUAACUGUAUAUAAGCAUUAUAUUGAAUCCAAAAAAAUAUCUUUCAGUUUGCAAGUGAUAGUUGAUUAAAUCUCACAAAUAUGUUUUCUUAGCCAUCUCUUUAACUUUUGAUUUAAUGAUACAUAGACCUGUAGUUGUUAGCAUUCCUUGUAUUCACAUUCUUUUUGCAAGACAAACUCGAUGCAGGA